AUGGCGGCCAACUACUGGGAAUCAACACAGCGAAAGCACUGGCAGUUCUCUAAACAAGAGCUUGCCCGGCUUCGGCAGAAACUGGAAGAUGAGGACAAGAACCUCGUCCAGACGUAUCCGCUGCCUCCACUGAGGCAUCUCAGCAUCUUCUUCAACCAACAGGUUAAGAGACUUGGAAAGCGCCUUUCCGUGAGACAACAAGCCAUGGCCACGGCCCAGCUCUACAUCAAGCGAUUCUACACGAAGAUCGAAAUCCGGCGGACGAACCCAUACUUGCUGGUAGCGACCGCGGUGUACCUGGCUUGCAAAAUGGAGGAAUCUCCGCAGCAUAUCCGGUUGGUCGUGAGCGAGGCUCGCUCUCUAUGGCCAGAUUACUUUAAUUCCGACACAUCAAAACUGGGGGAGUGCGAGUUCUUCCUGAUAUCAGAAAUGAACUCUCAGAUGAUUAUCCACCAGCCCUACCGGAGUCUGUUGGCGCUACAGGACGAGUUCUUUGAUACCCAGGAAGAAUCCAAUUUGGCGUGGUCAGUUAUAAACGACCACUACAUGACGGAUUUGCCAUUGCUGUAUGCGCCGCAUAUCCUUGCAUUGACGGCCAUUCUACUAGUACUAGUCCUCCAGACAAACGGCAACUCGGGAGCUCCACCUACACCGAGUAAUGGAGGCAACGGUCUGGGGGUGGCUGCUCAGGCAGCGUUGAAGCAUGCAACCCAAGCAAGAGGCAUCUCGGGCACGGAAAAAGGCCCCGCAACCUCGCGGACGAAGAUACAGAGAUUCUCAGUCUGGUUGUCGGAGAGCACCGUGGACAUCGAAGCCAUGGUCGACUCGAUCCAGGAGAUGAUUUCGUUCUAUGAAUGCCAAGAGCAGUACAACGAGAAGAGUACGCGGGAGCAAGUCAACAGGUUCAUCAAAGCCAGGAACUUGGACAAGUGA